AUGCCCGGCCCCGCGCGCGCGCGCCCCUGCCUCGCGCCCCACGCGCUACUGAGCAUGCCCAGACCCGCGCGGCGCCCGACGCCUCAGCUGAGGGAAGGGCGGGCUCCUCCUCCCGCCGUUCCCCACGUGCCCCGGCCUCCACUGCGCCUGCUCGACCUUGCGCCGGCCGACCCGUCCGCGCGUGCGCAGACCUCCUCGCUCGGCACGCGCCCCCGCAGCGCGAGCGCCGGCCUCAUGGGUUUGACCUCCAACUCCACUGUUAGAGUUGAAUGGAUUGCAGCAGUCUCUCUGGCUGCUGGCACAGCCGUGAUUGGGUACCUCGCUUACAAAAAAUUCCUCUGUAAAGACAAGCACAAGAAAUCCAUGGUAAAUCUGCAUAUCCAGAAAGACAAUCCCAAGGUGGUACACGCAUUUGACAUGGAAGAUUUGGGAGACAAAGCUGUAUACUGCCGUUGUUGGAGAUCCAAAAAGUUCCCAUUCUGUGAUGGGGCUCACACCAAGCACAAUGAGGAAACUGGGGACAAUGUGGGACCGCUGAUCAUCAAGAAAAAAGAAGCUUAACCGGUGGAUGUUCUGAGGCCACAAACCAACUUGUCAUAAUGUUUUGUUUGAUUGUUGAAUUCAAAUGAACAGCACUAUUGUCUAAUUCACUGAGGGUUCUGGGGGUGUAUUGCAAGCUGCAGCAUACAUAUUCAUGGCAUUUGCCUUGUUGAAACACCAUGGUGCUGUAAACACAGCAUAAAACAUAAAACAUAAAAAAAAAUGCAUGGCCCGUGAGUUCGUCUUUGUCGUGUAGGGAAUAUCUUAAUCAAUUUCUUUACGUAUGCAUUUAAAAUAAUGACAUGUAGGUGUACUUGGAUCUGUAUGUUGAAGUUAAUGUAUUACAUUAUUUUCAAAAUCGUGUAUACGAAAAUACAAGCUUCAGGUGAAAUUAUUGGGAAGUCAGAUUCUUUUUUUUUUUGGUUUAAAUGUAGAGGAAAAACUACCUUUAAUGCCUUGAACGUGGCUUUGAGAUUAUCAGCGACCCCGCGGAUGAGAAUCUGGUUUCAUGAAAAUAUCUUGUCUCCUGGUAUAUCCCUCUCCCGCUAAAGAAAAAAAGGAAACAACCCGUAAGAACUAUAUUUUUAACCUGAAUUAAACUUCCCUGAGGAGAGCUGAUAAGUGGUUUAUAUGGUGUUAUUUUAUUAUAAUUAUAAGUGUAGUAGAAUGUAGGGUUUGGGCUUAUUUUUUUAUUAAAUCUGUAACGUGUUCUUUUCGUUGAAAUAAAAAUAAAUUCUUGAAAUUUGAAUCAA